AUCCAGAAAGCGAAGAUAUUGUUGACAUUGAAGUUGCCUUUGGUAAAAGUGCACUGAAAGCUACCGGAUAUUUGCCCUUAUCCAGCGCUCGAUCUGACACAUCACGAAAUACAACUUCCACUGCAACCGUCGCAUCUUCCAAUAAUUCUAAUUCUACGGCCAGCACACUUCCAGCUUGGGGUCAAGACCCUAACAUGUCUACCAACACACUUGUUCCAGCGAAUGGCACGAAAGUGAACGCCGUUUCCCCUGACGACCUCAUGUUUGACAGUCCCACAGCAACGAACAGGGCACCCGCAAAUGCACUAAAGAUCAAAAAGAUAUUCGGUGACGAUGCUCCGAAACAUCUUAUUAAUACCCUUAUAUCAGAUUCUAAGCCAUGGUACCUACGACCGAAUUAUAGUCCAACCGAUAUUGUGAUCGAUCCAGAUGGCAGUGUCAGAGCAGGUACGGUGCCAGCUUUAGUGGAACGCUUGACUGCACACGAAAAUGGCGACCCAACAUUUAUUAAAACCUUCUUAAUGACUUACAAGUCAUUCACCACUCUAGAUGAUCUUUUUGACCUUCUAGUGCGGCGAUUCUUCAUCCAGCCUCCUGAUGAGUUAGAACCACGAGAACUUGAUGAAUGGAAGCAGUUUAAGCAGCAUAUCAUUCAGAUGCGUGUUCUCAACACCAUAAAAUCUAUGGUUCAAGAUGACGAUGUCCUGGAAAAAGAGGAUAUGUACAUUCUUGAACGAAUGAAGGACUUUUUGUCACAUGAGAGUGUGAUCAAAUUACCAGCAGCCAAACAGCUCAUAACGGCUAUUGAACGUGCUCAGCGAGGCGGAGAUGUAAAGAAAAUGACUAUUCAUACCAAUAUGAGCAACCCUCCGCCUUCCAUAAUCCCAAAAUCAAGCAAGAAACUCAAGCUCCUAGAUAUUGACGCAGUGGAGCUGGCGAGACAGCUUACCACGAUAGAGAGCCACCUGUAUCAGAAGAUACGGCCUAUGGAGUGUCUUCAGCGAUCACGAGAACAAAAAACUGAUCAUAACGACAACAUCGCUCGGGUGAUCCAGACUAGUAAUCGCAUUGCGAACUGGGUCGCGGAUUCAGUGCUAGUCCACGAGGAUUCAAGAAAGCGAGCUGCUGUUAUUAAGCAGUUCAUUAGUGUUGCAGAUCGGUGCCGGUCCAUACACAAUUAUUCGAGUAUGGUUGCUAUCGUCUCAGGUCUCAACUCUCCUCCAAUACGCCGUCUCAAGCGUUCGUGGGAGCAGGUUAAUGCGCGGUACAUGGCUCAACUCGGUAGUUGCGAGAUGACCAUCGACUCGAACAAGAAUUUCAAUAAUUACCGAUCCACUCUGGCCAAAGUGUCACCUCCUUGUGUGCCUUUCAUUGGUGUUUUCCUAACUACGCUAACUUUCAUCCAAGACGGUAGUAAAGAUACGCUACCUGGGGCUCUUGUGAAUUUCCGAAAGCGUCAGAAGGCUUCCGAAGUUAUCCAAGAUAUCCAGCGCUGGCAGACUGUGCCACACAACUUCAACCCGCUUAGUACUGUCAUCACUUAUAUCGAGGAGUCCCUAGGAAAGUUCACUGAACAGCUCGAUAUUGGUGACUUCUUCUGGAACCUUAGUCUUGAACGUGAACCGCGGGAGAGGGAGGAUGAGAAGAUGGCACGCUUGUUACAAGAAAGUGGGUUUUUGUAAGCGGUGCUAUACAGAUGAGUCGGACAAUUUUGUCUUUUCAACUUUAUGGGUGCUAUGCUUUGAGUUUUGUAUUAUCUUCCUUUCUCGGAUGGUUCAUUCCAUGUUGUAUAUCUAGUGCAUGCUGCUUUAUGAUACUUUACCCUGCGCUAUACAGAUUUCCCUUGCCUUCUAUAUAGAUAACUAAGUUCACU